UUUCUCUACACUCUUCUAAGCAAUCAUUUCUAUGCUCGAGUUCUGUAAUACGCGACAGACAUAUCUCGAUUUUGAGACUUGGUGUCUGGUUAGAUAAAAGGGGUUGAAAUUUAUUCAGUCUAUCUUCAUGGCUCGCUUCUUCUAUAUCUUGGCAAUAGCUGGUGUUGUAGCUGCCCAGACAGGCUGCAAUAUAAAUGUUCUCAACGUGAACAACGCAGUUAUAGGCAACGGAUGUGUUCCACCUGGUUCGCAAGGAAACAUACCUUAUAUGGGCGGAACUGCGUCAUCGAUUGACGUUGCGACCACUUCGUCUUGCGGCGUUAGCCCAAUUCAAGGCCGUCAGCUACGUCCUGGUCUUAGCUUGCAGGUGUCAGGGCGAGCAUCUUGCUAAUAAGAUUGAAAGCUCUUUCCCAAUCCAGAGGGAUAUGAUGGUUGAUUAAGGUAGAAUGCGAUUCCGAGCUUGGAAAGGAUAUUUAAGGAAUCAAAUCUAAG